AUGACCUCGCUUUGUCUGCGAGCUAACCUUUCAUGCACCAAGCUAGCAAUCAAAAUGAUCAGGACGUUUGAGGAGCCGCACUCAACGGCGAUGCUGUUGCUGUCGGCUCUCUUGGUUCUGUGGGCGGCAUGGCUUGCAACCGUCGCCUUUGCGCCAAAGGCCUCCGCGCAAGCCCCACUUCCUAUCGUUGUUUACAAUGACCCAAGGCCAGGCGACAGUUACGAUGCUAACAGGAAAAACCUCCUCGUCAACAGUGUAAGGGCCAUGUCUGCUCUGGUGCCGACAGUUCCCACUGUGGUCUCUAAGACACCGCCGGCGCUGCAGCUGUCCGCCCGGACGCAUAUCAUGAGCGUCACCACCCUCGUGGACUUAAGCGAUGAUAAUAAGGAUGCCUUGAUAGCUUUAAUUGACCGGCCAAACAGCAUGUUGGUCCUAACGGCGGCGGCGGAUACCCCCAUCGAUUACAACAACUGCCUGAGCCUCUUCUUGGGCGAGUCACCCGAUUGCAAAUGGGAACCGGUGAAAUUCGCUGCCAACCUGAUCGCCGACAUUCCGAAUGUGGCCGUGACGCUGUAUGUGGGCAACGCCCAAGUUAGCAUCACCUCCUUCACCUGUCGACUUGGCAUCCAGCUAUACAGGGUGGCCAAUGACGCCAGCAGCCCCGUCUACAUGUUCCAGACGCCCCUUGGCGGCUGGGUCAAGCUGCUGGGCUUCGAUUGGGGAAGUAGAUGCGAAGCGGGUAGAGAGCUGGCAAAAUCUGCUGCUGUACGCUCCGCCAGCGCCACCGGCGCCGCUGCCGCCGUCACCGCCGCCACCGUCGCCGCCAUCACCAGGGCCAAGCCCACCGUCGCCACGCCCGCGGCCGCCUUCACCGCGGACGCCACCUCCCCGGAUGCCGCCACCCCGGCCACAAUCUCCAUCACCGCCACCGCCACCCUGCAGAUUCAAGUUCUCGGGUUGUACAGCGAUAUUGGCAAGAGCGCCAUAGUGUCCACAGGGCCUGGCGCAGCGUCCGUACAAGUGGUGUACGACAACACGUACCUGCGUCUAAGCUCAGGCAACAGGGCGGCACUGCGGAGCCAGCUGCUGCAGGGCAACGUUGUCGCGGUGGUCGUAACACCGGAAACGACUCAAUCAGACGUGUCCACCAUUCUGCAGAGCUUGCUGAAUAUGGGUAACUCCCAAUGCACCAAGAGGAACAUAACUGCCAGGUUCUCGUUGGCAGUUGAGGGUAACGCCAACUUCGUGGGUGCGAUGGACACCCCCGCCAUCGAUUACGACAUGCAGCCCGCGGAUAACACGGUGGCCAUGUUGUGUACCGGUAACGGCCGCCGGGUGAUAUCCGUCAACGGCAGCAGCGAAGCAGCGGUGUGGGAGUGGACUGUGGGCGCCGGCGUUCUCAGAUUGGCCGCCACCCUCACCCCGACCGCCACCCCUCGCGCACCCAGGAACGCCCCACGACCACCACCACCCGUGAAGGUCCAGGAUGUGGUGGUGCUCAUCGACAACGUCACCAUGCCGGAUAACGACAAGAAGAACAAACUGAUUGAUGGCAUCAACGCCAUCACAGCUGCACCGGGACAGUCCACGAGCCCAGUCGAGGGUGCGGCCGUACACGUGGCAUUCGACUCGACGCUGGUGGCGCUCCCUGACCAGGCCCGCAGCGCACUCAAGAGCCUGUUGGCCUCCAGCUCGACACUGCUGUCGGUGGUGGUGACCUCGGCUGUAUCGGAUGCGGACCUUAGCCGUGUGCUCGCGGACCUUACCGGCAGGCCCCAGCUGUCCUGUAGCUCUAUGCCUGUGGGUGCGACCUCUAAGGUGGAUCGCAUGGUACCCGCGACAGACGACCUGCGGUCCGACGGCUGGAAGGCUCUGGAUAACACCAGGGCUUCCAAGUGCAACAUUGGCAAGGUCAUCUUUGGACUCAAAACCGACGUCACCGCAGCCAUCGUCCAUGAUAUCCCCGUCGGAAACACCGCUGUGCGCCUCAUUGGCUACGACUUCUACUCCGGCGGUCGGGGCGACAACCGCAAACCGCUGACCGCAUGCGCCAUUACUCCAAACCGUUUCUGA